AUGGAUGAAGAGCAGCUCUGCCUUCGACUCCACAAACGCCUUCGAAUUGGCAGCCCAACAGCGGCGCGUCAAUUGGCAAAUGGCCAUUACUCGCAGGCGAACAGCUUUCUACAGCAGCUGCACGCCGAACACCUGGCGAGGCGGCAACAAACGCCUCGUCCUGCCGAUCCAUCGCCAGAUGCCACAAUGACGAUGCCAGCACAGGCUUGGACCGCUGGUGGCAACGCUGCCGACACUGACUUUGCAGCAAUGACUCAUUUCGUGCUCAGCGACGUUGUACAGUGUUCGCACGCAGCCCAGGGCCGUUGUUUGCAAUGCACUGGGAGAUUGGUGCAAAAUGUCCCACUGCAGGUCUACACCGAUUGGUGCGCGGCUUGCAGCUCGCCCGCGUCGUCUUCCAUCGCACCACCCCCGCGGCCAUGCGCUACGUCGGUGAGGGAACUGACAUUUCCAGCAACGGCAGCUCUGAUCGCCUGCCUCAGCCCCGAGCCGGGCGAGAGGCUCCUGCACCUGAGCAGCGGCGUCGCGCGCGUGGCGGUAGCCUGGGCGCUUCUCGUGCCACGAGGCCUUGCCUGCGGCAUCGAGAGCUGCGCAGCGCUCCAUGAGGCCGCAGCGGCGGCUGUCGAGCGGCUGGACACAGAGGUUCAGAAUCGAGUCUUGCUCUACAACAGCAACCUCCUGGACUCACAGAAUGACUGGCAUCAGGCGAGCACCAUCCUUGUCAGCGGCGAGGCUUUGGAGGAUUCCCACGUGGCGCGGGUGACCGCUGGCUUGGGGAGGACGCAGCCGGGAACACGCAUUGCUUCGAUCGGGAGACCACUCGAUACACCUCAUGGUCUGCAGCUUGUUCGACAGGUGUUAUACCGGACAGUCGGCUCGGGAAAUGCGCCAGUCUUUAUUUAUCGCAAGCCUGGGAUCUGA